ACCUAUAAAAGACACAGCAAAUUGGAUUCAGCCUUUUUUUCUUCACGCUAGCCAUGCUUGAAUGCUGAUGAGACGGAGCCCAACAUAGAAGCUUACUUGAGGAAACCUACUUUGUUGGGAGGUUCUCAGCCCAUACACAAAUAUGUUGGUCCACCUCUGGCUUCUCUGUGGUCUGAGCGCUGUUGUGAUCCCUCAGGAUGUCACACAACAAGCCCAAAUGUUUCUAGAAGAGUUUAACAGGAGGGCAGAAGAUAUCAGCUAUGAGAGCUCCCUUGCCUCAUGGGAAUACAAUACCAACAUCACUGAGGAGAAUGCCAAGAAAAUGAACGAGGCGAGUGCCAGGUGGUCUGCAUUUUACAACACAGCCUCCAGCAACGCCAGCACUUUCCCGUUAACCAACAUCCAGGAUGCUCUUACCAGGCUGCAGAUACAGACUCUCCAGGACAGAGGAUCAUCUAUACUGUCACCAGAAAAAUAUAGCAGGCUGAACACUGUGUUGAACACAAUGAGUACCAUCUACAGCACUGGGACCGUCUGUAAAAUCAGUGAAUCAUCUGAAUGUUUGGUGUUGGAGCCAGGUCUUGAUGCUAUUAUGGCUGAGAGCACUGAUUAUCAUGAGAGAUUGUGGGCCUGGGAAGGCUGGAGAGCUGAUGUUGGCAGGAUGAUGAGACCAUUAUAUGAAGAGUAUGUUGAACUUAAAAAUGAAGUUGCAAAGCUUAACAAUUAUUCUGACUAUGGGGAUUACUGGAGAGCAAAUUAUGAAGCAGACUAUCCAGAAGAAUACAAAUACAGCCGUGACCAGCUGGUCGAAGAUGUGGAGAAGACAUUUGAGCAGAUAAAACCUCUGUACCAGCAACUGCAUGCCUAUGUGAGGCACCGGCUGGAGCAGGUCUACGGCUCCAAGCUCAUCAGCUCCACGGGAUGUCUCCCUGCUCAUUUACUGGGUGAUAUGUGGGGUAGAUUUUGGACAAAUCUUUACGCCUUGACUGUUCCCUAUCCAGCCAAACCAAACAUUGAUGUAACUUCUACAAUGGUUGAAAAGAAAUGGGACGCAAUGAAAAUAUUCAAAGCCGCCGAGGCCUUCUUUGCCUCCAUUGGCCUCUACAAUAUGACUGAGGGCUUCUGGGAAAACUCCAUGCUCACAGAGCCAACUGACAACAGGAAGGUUGUCUGCCAUCCUACGGCGUGGGAUCUGGGGAAAAAUGACUAUAGGAUCAAAAUGUGCACCAAAGUGACCAUGGAUGACUUCCUGACUGCACACCAUGAGAUGGGCCACAUCGAGUAUGACAUGGCAUACUCUGCACAACCCUACCUGCUGAGAGGCGGUGCCAAUGAGGGCUUCCACGAAGCAGUAGGUGAAAUUAUGUCACUUUCUGCAGCCACUCCUCAGCACCUGAAAUCUCUUGACCUCCUAGAGCCAACUUUCCAAGAGGAUGAAGAAACUGAAAUCAACUUUCUGCUCAAACAAGCGCUAACGAUUGUUGGAACAAUGCCUUUUACUUACAUGCUGGAGAAGUGGAGGUGGAUGGUGUUUAGGGGUGAGAUUACAAAGCAGGAAUGGACAAAGCGGUGGUGGGAGAUGAAGAGAGAAAUUGUUGGUGUUGUUGAACCCAUCCCUCAUGAUGAAACCUACUGCGACCCUGCAGCACUGUUUCAUGUGGCCAAUGAUUAUUCAUUCAUAAGGUAUUACACCCGGACCAUCUAUCAGUUCCAGUUUCAGGAGGCACUUUGCAAGGCAGCUAACCAUACCGGCCCUCUUCACACAUGUGACAUUACCAACUCCAGAGCAGCUGGUCAGAAUUUGAGACAAUUACUUGAAUUGGGUAGAUCCAAGCCCUGGACUGAAGCACUGGAAAGCAUAACAGGAGAGAAAUACAUGAAUGCAGCACCCUUGCUUCACUACUUUGAACCUCUGUAUACGUGGCUGCAAAAAAACAAUUCUGGCAGAUACAUUGGUUGGAAAACAGACUGGGCUCCAUAUUCCAGUGAUGCCAUCAAAGUGCGCAUCAGCCUGAAGUCAGCACUGGGGGACCAGGCGUAUGAAUGGAAUGAAAACGAGCUCUUCUUGUUCAGGUCAUCUGUCGCCUAUGCCAUGAGAAAAUACUUUGCAGAGGUGAAACAACAGCAAGUUAACUUCCAGGCUACAGAUAUUCAUGUGUGGGAACAGACACAAAGGAUCUCCUUCUAUGUUACUGUCAGUAUGCCUGGUAAUAUCAGUGAUAUUGUGCCCAAAGUUGAUGUGGAAAAUGCCAUCAGGAUGUCUCGGGGUCGAAUCAAUGAGGCUUUCAGACUGGAUGACAACACGCUGGAGUUUGUGGGCAUACUUCCAACCCUGGCCACACCUUAUGAACCACCAGUCACCAUCUGGUUAAUUAUAUUUGGGGUGGUUAUUGGCCUGGUUGUCAUUGGAGUUGUUGUCUUGAUCUUCACUGGGCACAGAAAUCGAAAAAAGAGAGCAAGAGAAAGUGGGAGUGAAGCUGGAAACUCUGAAGCGGUGAAUCCUUACGAUGAAGAGGGAAAAAGUAACAUGGGUUUUGAGCCAUCUGAAGACACACAAACAUCAUUAUAGAAGAUGUGGAUACAUUAAGGGUUUCUGGGUUUGGGUUUGUUUUUUUUUUCACAAUAGAGCAUAGCAAGGACUAAAACACUGUGGAUGCCAUCAAACGUAAUGACAUGAUGACUUCUGUUUGACUGUUAAUCUACUGUUUCAUAGGCAACAGCAACUAAAUUUGCUAUUUAUGUGGUAACUAGAAUACAUAAAAAAGGGAGUUGUUUAUGUCCUGUGUUUUUUUCUAUGAAUUAUGCGCAUAAUAUUACAUACUAUUUGUGCUGCUUUUCAGAAGUGUGUUGCAUCCAACUUUUCUUGUUUUCUCUGUAAUGAGAUAUGAAAAAUUGGAAGCAUACAGUUGUAUACAGAUCAAGACAGACAUAAGAAUAACUCACAUACUCCAAAUGCCCAUGAAGAACAUCUUGAUCUUUCCAGAUGGAGACCUCAAAAGUGUUCUCUAACAGACUUCUCUAACAGACAGUAAGAAAAAAACUUUACCACCAGAAGAACCUUAGUGAUGAAGAACUCAAUUAGAUAGGAAAUAACUGAAGUGUUUGCACCUUAAGGAAACCUGGUUUGGUCUGAAAUGGAUACUGAAUGAAUAACAGGCACUGGAACUUUGUUAGGAAGUUAUAAGUUAU